AUGGCUCAAUUUGGAGGAGACCUCUCACCCAGGAUGAAUCAAGCUUACCUGACUCCCUUCCACAUAAAGAAUCGCAAUGUGGGUCUGAAAGUUGAAGGUUCAAGCUUCACACUAGAUGGCUCUCCUUUCCUGAUCAUAGCAGGCACUAUUCACUAUUUCCGGGUGCCCAGGGAGUACUGGAGGGACCGCUUGCUGAAGCUGAAGGCCUGUGGCUUCAACACUCUUACCACGCAUAUUUCCUGGAACCUUCAUGAGCCAAGAAAGGGCUGGUUUUAUUUUACUGCAAACCUGGAUUUCAUGGCUUUUAUAUCCAUUGCUUCAGAGGUGGAGCUGUGGGUCAUUCUGUGUCCAGGCCCCUAUAUUGGUAGCGACUUAGACCUUGGAGGCUUGCCUAGCUGGUUACUCCAGGAUCCAAAAAUGAAGCUGAGAACAACUUACAAGGGCUUCACUAAAGCAAUGAACCACUAUUUUGAUGAGCUUAUUCCCAAGAUAGUACCACUCCAGUACGGAAAGGGAGGCCCCAUCAUUGCUGUGCAGGUUGAGAAUGAAUAUGGUUCAUAUCAUCGGGAUAAAAGAUACAUGUCCUAUAUUAAAAAGGCCCUGGUCACAAGAGGGAUCAAGGUGCUGCUUAUGACUGCUGAUGAUGGAAAAGAACUGAAAAGAGGCCACUUAAAACAUGUACUUUCCACUCUCCACAUUAAAAAUAUAAAGAAAGAAACUUAUGAUACAUUCUUUUCAAUUCAGGCCAUCAGCUCUGUCAAGCCCAUUUGCAUGGAGAAGCUGUCUGUGAACCAGGGGAAUGGUCAGUCCUCUGGGUACAUACUUAUGAGGUUUAUGAUCUCCACUGGUGGCCUCCUUAACCACAAAGCAAUCAUGUUGAAGACCGAGGUGUUUUUGAAUGAGAAUUAUCUAGGGGUCCUGGACCAUUUCACUAACCAGCUGACUAUUCCCACCAAAAUGGACUACAAGGAUAUCCCAACACUGAGGAUCCUGGUGGAGAAUCAAGGCCGCCUUGCCUAUGAGCAGGACAUCAAUAAGGAGAGAAAAGGAUUAAUUGGGGAUAUAUAUCUGAACAAUUCUCCAUUAAGAAGAUUUAAAAUCUACAGCCUGGAUAUGAAACUAAAUUUCUAAAAAGGUGGGGACCUUCCUAACAUUUGGAAACCAGUCUCAUUCAAACCUCGGGGCCCUGCCUUCUUCCUUGGUAUCCUGAGGAUAGGUAAUUACCCCAAAGACACCUUCAUAAAAAUGGAGGGUUGGACGAAAGGUGUAAUAUUCAUCAAUGGACAAAAUCUGGGGCGCUACUGGAAUAUAGGUCCCCAGGAGGCCCUUUACCUUCCAGGACCCUGGCUUCAUCCUGGAUCAAAUGAGAUCAUUGUGUUUGAAGAAUUUAGACCUGGCCAGGAGAUCCGGUUCACAAACAUAUCUCAUCUAGCAUGGUAUAAACCAGCCCUGGGGUUAGUUGACAGGCUUUUUGGGAGCUUGGGAGAGUGGGUCACCACAGAGGUGAGCUGGCACUGCAUCAAGGCUGCUGAGAAGACUUCCAACCCAAGACCAAAAGGAAUCAAUACCGGACUUCAGACCAGUUGUACAAGGAGCUGCAUUCCUCCAAGAGUAAAGAUCCUGAGUCCCUUCUGCAUGUGCAAAUGCCAGGAGAGCAGCAGCACCCAGGUGGACCAGGACUUUCCACAGCCCAAAGAGGUUGAAGAGCAUGGAAUUCCCUGCUUGGCCCUUCCUUCGCUGUUCCGCCACACUGGCCCGUCUCUCAGUCCAAGCUGCCAAGGAGGAAACAGCAAGCUGGAAUCAGGGAUCCUUUCCUCUAUCUCUUGCUUCCCCUCCCACCAUCACCCAGAGCUGGAAAGCAUCAGUGGUCCCAUAUCGAAGCCUCUGACUUCACUAGAGCAUAAGCCUUAG